UAGGUCGAACGUUUUUUGCGAGGUGAUACGCAAGGCCAAUACGAGUCGCCGAAGCCGCCCGAUUAUUCCCGUCGCGUGACGACUUCGGGGGAUUCUCUGAAUUUGAAGGUCGUUAAUGAUGUAUGGUGCCGUCAACUACGUAGGCAUUAGAAGGCGAAUAAAUAUUGUAGUGCGUUGAGUGCACUACAUCGCACGAUAUAUUAUCGUUCGUUGCACCGAAAUUGUGACGGCGAAAUUUGUGGCAACAUUGCCGCGUGUCCAUGGCAAGGAAUCAAGAAGUCAGGAUUUGAGGUUAGGUCGCCGGCCGCGUGCAAUAUCACGUGCAACAUCACACGUUCUUCGAGGUCUUCAGAACGGAAAACCGCAGCACCGGUAAUCGUGAUUAUUCACUUCCGCUUUAUAGCGAUAAUGUAACAAGGGAGAAGCUUGAAAAAAAUGUUUGAAAGGUUUUUCUCUCAAAAUUCAUUAUUGAAUAAGUCUAAUACAUGUCCAAUAAUGCAAUGUUAGAUUUGGAAAAUUGUGUUAAGAAGAGAGAGAAGAGUAAAUUCACAAAGAAUUUUUAGUUAAAAAAUUGGAUAGAAACCGACAAGUAUGGCUGUAACAGAUCAGAACUUGUUCUCGGAGCACGUAUACAGCAGCAGUUUUCAGGAGGAAUUCAGGAAGCACUGGAACUCGCCAGAUGGCUUCAAGAGCCCCAAGUUUGAGAUCAUAUCAAGUCCGUUCAAGAUCUGUAGGAUACCGAAUUUCCUGAAAAAUGUGGAAUUCUUGGAAAAUCUGAAGAGUGAGCUGACGAAACAUGAUUUCAAUUAUCUGCGCACCGAUCUGUAUCAGUUCCAAAGAACUGACGAUCUCGUUAACAUGCGCGGCGAUUACAUUCCGACGUUGUACAAGUCUUUUCAGUCCACUCUGACAUCAUGGAUGGAGUGCAAUACGGAUAUCAAGCUAAACGGAAAGAUCUCGAUGUCGAGCGCUCGUUACCAGAAUACGCACCACCUACUGUGCCACGAUGACAACAUGGGUGAUAGAAGAAUCGCUUACAUAUUGUACUUAUCAAAGGAUUGGACGGAGCAGGACGGCGGUACCCUGGAUCUCUUCGAUAUGGAUCAGCACGGUGCACCUGGCAAGGUAGUGAAGUCGCUAGUCCCAGAGUACAAUUCCCUUGUGUUUUUCGAGGUCGUGAACAAUUCCUACCAUCAGGUGGGCGAGGUGACCGCUGAUGCCAAGUCCAGGUGGUCGAUAAAUGGCUGGUUCCACGGUCCCAUAAGAAACGAUCUUCACAAGCAGCCGAGAUACGAGAUACCCAAGAACUUGCUGGAACCAAGCGUCAAGGAGGUGGAAUUAACCUCUUGGAUCACCGAGCGUUACCUGCUGCCCAAGAUCACUAAACAGAUUCAACGGAACGUCGAGAAGACGUCAUACGCGUUCAUCGAGGACUUUCUAAAGCAGUCGACGUACCAGAAGAUCGCGAACGACGUAACGUCGCAGGAUAUCAACUGGCAGAUGAUGGGCCCAGCGGACAUGCGUCACUACGAAGUGGCGGACGAGAAAACCUUGCCGGAAUCGUUGAAAGCGCUCUGCGAUCUGUUCAAAUCCAUCUCCUUCUUUCGACUGCUGAAAAAGUACACGGGACUCGAUCUAGUGCCUGAGGACACCGCUGCGAAUUCUAACGUGAGGUCUCCCAAGAUGAGAUUAGAGCUACAGAGAUGGUCGGCAGGUUGCUACACGCUGCUGUACGACAAAACGAUGUUGGAAGACGCGACAGACGAAAUCGAUGCUAACAGCUCCGACGAAUCGAUAAAGGCUGAUAGCAGGUUUCUUCUUAGGACUGCUCAACUCGAUGAUACCGCAGUAUCAACGAGUUCAUCGACUAAGAACAAGAUAAUUGGGGGCGCGACGCAAGAGCAACUCAAGAGAAAAAGAACCGAAUCUUCUUCUUCGGGGGAGAACGCGUCUGGCGAAAAGAAAAUAGCCAAACAUCUCGACGGCUCAUUUGACGUUGACCAAAAAUCUCCAACUGGAGAGAAGACCGAGAGCGUGAGUGGAACUUCGACAUCUCCAGCUACAAAGACUGAUAGAUUAGAAUCUGCUUCCGCGACAGGAAGUUCACUUCAUAAAUCGGAGGCGAUCAGCUGUGACGCCAAAAUCGAUAUCACAACCGACAUUGUGUCCGAUUCCGAGGAGGGCACGCUGGUUCUCUGUGACGACAACUUAUCGAGCAACGACGAGGAUUCCAUCAGCACGCGCGAUGGCUAUGCGCUGGACGUGAUGAUACAAUUUCAUACCGUAAACGCCCAGGGCACGCCGAAAACGGAAGACACGAUAGACUACGUGAAUCCCUGCGAAGAACAAGGUAGCAUCAUCGAAGUCCCGCAGAAGGAUAACUAUCUCUGUCUAGCGUACAAGUCGCCGAUGGUGUGUCGUCUUCAGCGCUAUUUGAAUCACUUCUACGACGGCUACACUUAUAACCUGCUAUGUAUGUAUUACGAGUAGUCGUGUUGUAUAUGAGUAGUAUCUAGUCUAGUUAAUUAUUCGAUAUCGUUCUAUUACAAAAUUAUGAUUUUAUAUUUUUAAUAAGUUGUAAUAAAUAAGACAAAAGGAUAGUUAAAUAAUGAGAAGAAAAAUUCCUUGUAUCUUUUAAAGUCUACGUUAAGUAUUCCUAAUUCGAUAAAAAUGUUUUCUUCGCGAUAAAAUUAAUAUUUGUACUAUAUUGUAUAGUAAAGUAUUACGUAAAUUCGAAA